ACAGCCUCACAGGAAAAAACAAAAAGAAGGAAGAAUCGCACCUUUUAAUUUUUAGUAUUAUUAUUUGUUUUUCUUCUCUACACGUGAACUAAUGCAACACAUCUAACACUCACAAUCAAUCAAUUGAAAAAAAAAAAAAAAAAACCCUACAAGACCACGUAGCAUGGAAGAAGGAAAAAAAAAAAAAAAAAAACCUCCAUCGAAAAGCAGAAAGAGAGAAACACAGGAACCCCACCACACUACCAGCGACGAGUAAUCUCAAGAAUGGAUCAAACCUACCAACGCCACUACAGCACGGUAGCUGCAACAAGAACAGCCACCUCAAAGGAGCCCUCCCAAAUGGCAUCCAACGUAGAUCACGAGACACUUCGAUUUCUGCUGGAAGCCCCAAAAAUCAAAGGGGAGAAAGUCACAAUCAAAGUCAGGAAUGUGAAGGAUAACACCGACGAGGAAGUGACUGUCUGGGCAUACCCAAAAGACAAGAUUGCCGACACCAACGCGACAUAUGAGAAGCAUGCUCUCAUCUUCUCCUUCUCCAACGCCAGGGCAAGACUAUCCCCCAUCGAGAAAAGAAAAUGGAUGGUGAAAACCAUCCAAGAACAUGAAAACAUCAAAACAGAGGUCGACAAGUUCUCCCUGGUUGGUCUGGGUAGAACCAUGAUGAUCGUGGUGUUUAAAGAAGCAGAUCAAGCAACGCACAUACACACCAAUGAUGAUGCUCAUAAUGAUGAUGAUGAUGUUGAUGAUGAUGAUGAUGAUGAUGAUGAUGUCAGUGAUGCUGCUGCUACUGAUGAUGAUGAUGAUGAUGACGCACCAAUGAAGAUGCUCAUAAUGAUGAUGGUGAUGUCAGUAAUGCUGCUGCUGAUGAUGAUGAUGAUGAUGACGCAUGAUAGCCAUACCCACUCCGCUGGGCCCAAAGGAAGCGCCAGCCUCCAUACUGAUGAUAAUGAUGAUGACGAUGAUGAUGAUGAUGAUGAUGAUAAUGAUGAAGAUGAUGAUGAUGAUGGUGAUGGUGAUGAUGAAAACCGCCGCCGAUGAUGAUGAUGAUGAUGAUGAGGAUGAUGAUGAUGACAACGAUGAUAAAACCGAAGAUGGUGAUGAUGAAUGAAAAUUACCGCCGUUA